CCCGCUGCCGUCCCCGCCGCCCGGGCCCCCGGCAUGCAGCCCCGGCUGCGGAGGUGACACUCCUUGGACUCAAGCUGCCGCCGCCGCCAUCGCCACCAUGGAUGAACAGGAGGCAUUAGACUCGAUCAUGAAGGACCUGGUGGCCCUCCAGAUGAGCCGACGUCCCCGGGUGUCUAGUUUUGAGACCAUGAAAAACAAAGACACAGGUCACCCAAAUAGGCAGAGUGACGUCAGAAUCAAGUUUGAACACAACGGGGAGAGGCGAAUUAUAGCAUUUAGUCGGCCUGUCAGAUACGAAGAUGUGGAGCACAAAGUGACAACAGUGUUUGGGCAACCUCUUGAUUUACAUUACAUCAACAAUGAGCUCUCCAUCCUGUUGAAAAACCAAGAUGAUCUUGAUAAAGCAAUUGACAUUUUGGAUAGAAGCUCAAGCAUGAAAAGCCUUAGGAUAUUGCUGUUAUCCCAGGACAGAAACCAUACCAGUUCCUCUCCUCACUCUGGGGUGUCCAGACAGGUGUGGAUCAAAGCUUCCCAGUCUGCGGGGGAUGUAAAUACACUCUACCAACCCCCUGAGCCCAGAAGCAGGCACCUCUCUGUCAGUUCCCAGAAUCCUGGCCGAAGUUCUCCUCCUCCUGGCUACGUGCCUGAGCGACAGCAGCACAUUGCCCGGCAGGGAUCCUAUACCAGCAUCAACAGUGAGGGGGAGUUCAUCCCAGAGACCAGUGAGCAGUGUAUGCUGGAUCCCCUGAGCAGUGCUGAAAAUUCCUUGUCAGGAAGCUGCCAAUCCUUGGACAGGUCAGCAGACAGCCCAUCCUUCCGGAAAUCACGAAUGUCUCGAGCCCAGAGCUUCCCAGACAACAGACAGGAAUACUCAGAUCGGGAGACUCAACUCUAUGACAAAGGGGUCAAAGGCGGAACCUAUCCCCGGCGCUACCACGUGUCUGUGCACCACAAAGACUAUAAUGAUGGCAGAAGAACAUUUCCCCGAAUUCGGCGACAUCAAGGCAACCUAUUCACCCUUGUGCCGUCUAGCCGCUCCUUGAGCACAAACGGCGAGAACAUGGGUCUAGCUGUUCAAUACCUGGACCCUCGUGGGCGCCUGCGGAGUGCAGACAGCGAGAAUGCCCUCUCUGUGCAGGAGAGGAGUGUGCCAACCAAGUCUCCUAGUGCCCCCAUCAAUUGGCGCCGGGGGAAGCUCCUUGGUCAGGGUGCCUUCGGCAGGGUCUAUUUGUGCUAUGAUGUGGACACUGGACGUGAACUUGCUUCCAAGCAGGUGCAGUUUGACCCAGACAGUCCUGAGACAAGCAAGGAGGUGAGUGCUCUGGAGUGUGAGAUCCAGUUGCUGAAGAACUUGCAGCACGAGCGAAUUGUGCAGUACUAUGGCUGCCUGCGGGACCGUGCCGAGAGGAUUCUGACCAUCUUCAUGGAGUACAUGCCAGGGGGCUCCGUAAAAGACCAAUUGAAAGCCUAUGGAGCUCUGACGGAGAGCGUGACCCGCAAGUACACCCGGCAGAUCCUGGAGGGCAUGUCCUACCUACAUAGCAACAUGAUUGUUCACCGGGACAUUAAGGGAGCCAAUAUCCUCCGAGACUCAGCUGGGAAUGUGAAGCUUGGGGAUUUUGGGGCCAGCAAACGCCUACAGACCAUCUGCAUGUCAGGAACAGGCAUGCGCUCUGUCACUGGCACACCCUACUGGAUGAGUCCUGAGGUCAUCAGUGGUGAGGGCUACGGAAGGAAGGCAGACGUGUGGAGCCUGGGCUGCACUGUGGUGGAGAUGCUGACGGAGAAACCACCUUGGGCAGAGUAUGAAGCCAUGGCUGCCAUUUUUAAGAUUGCUACCCAGCCCACCAAUCCUCAGCUGCCUUCUCACAUCUCUGAACACGGCAGGGACUUCCUGAGACGCAUUUUUGUGGAGGCUCGUCAGAGACCUUCAGCUGAGGAGCUGCUCACACACCACUUUGCACAGCUUGUGUACUGAGCGCUCAAGGCUGCUGCCAGCCACCACCUGCUGCGUGGGCAGUGGGGUGCUGUGAGGCUCAGUGAAGUCGCUGCUGCUUCUAGGCAAGGCUGUGGACAGUGGAGCUGCAGUCCAGCCAGUGUUUGUCUGUGCCUCCUCUUCCACUGGGGCUCAUAGUCAGGAGGGGAUGGCUGUGGCCUCGAGACUGGGAGCCUCAGCCUGUCAGACCCUGUCAGAGCUCCAGCAUCUUGAGCUCAGUGUGGAGGGGAAGGUACUGGGCAGUGUGGCCAGGAGUCUGGCUCAGAUGUGUGCUGACACCGUAGUUAGCACUGAAGCCCAGAGGGACUAGGGGCCCAGGAAUGACUUAAGGGUAUGAAUAGUGUUAUUUCAUUCAGAGUGUUACUUUGUUUCCCCUCCCAGUGUCUGGAGACCACCAGGCUCUUUGGGUUGAAUAAGCCCAGUGAAGCCUGAAGCCUAGCAUCCCUCAACCAGCAGAAGGCAGAGGCCCAGGCUGUCCUCAUCCUUUCAGCCCCCAGGUCUGUUUUGCCAAUCCUUGUCCUUUACCAAAGAUGAAGCAAAUGUUAUGCUGCCUUAUUCCAGGGAAGGAGGAACCUGCCUUGCCUGCCCCUGUGACCUUGCCCCCACAAGCAGGCCUGAGAACUGCCUCCAUUGAGGAGGAGACCUAGUUUUGUCAAUGCAAUUCUCUUGUUUUACAGGUUAGUCACUCUUAUGCUGUUCCCAGUUUCUAAACUGGAGACUGUUUGCCCUCUGGGCUCUUGAGUAUCCAUGUUGGCUUGGGGCUUGGGUUGGAUUAGAGAGCUAAUGGGUAAUGGGAUGGCCUUUGUGCUCGUGACCUGACAGCUGCCCCUACUGAAGCAGAGGAAAGUGGACAAUACAGUGACAGUAUCUGGCCCUGGGCCCCACUGCAAAGUUCAGGAGCUCCCAAGGAGUUGUCUCAAGUUGUUUGAGUCAUGAUCCUGCCAGGCCUGAGCCCAUUCCAUCUGGUAAAGUUUAAGUCCACAUGUUGCCACCAACCAUGUCCAAAACCACCAGCUCUGUUCUUCCUUAGCCUGCCCUGCCGAGAUCCAUGUUCUCAGCCUUAUUCCCCUUCUUGCUCUUCUGGGAAAGGAAUGGCAACAGGGGUUGGGGAAACAAUAUCUCUAAGCAGCUUAGAGUUGGCCAUAUUUACCUCAGCCUGGGUGCUGGUCCUUUCUUCCGGCCCCUCCCCUCCAAAAUGUGCCUAUUGCUAGAGCUCCUCCCUCCCAACUCCCAGUUUCCUUGGGAGUUGUCAUUAGAGAGAGAGAAAAAAAAAGCCAGUGCCCAGGGAUGGGCAUUCCCAGAACCUGGGGAUUAGUGCCAGGCAGCUCAUUGCCAGCCAUGCCCAAUUCCCCACGGGCACAGAACAAGCCAAAGCCUUCGUUGUAUGUUGACGAUGCACUUUUAUGAAUGUAGUUUCUAUCGCUGUUUUUAGCCUUUUCACAUCAUGUAAUGUGAGGCCUUGUACUUGUUAAUUUAUAUCUCAGAUCAUAUUUGAUGGUUUUUAUAUAUAUCAAUUCCAGACUGUUACAGGUGAUGGACUCCUCAAGAGAGAACAGAAAUUGAAAGCAGCUGGUUUUGCAGAAAUGUGUGUUGCACGGUGCCAGUUGGGCUUACAUUCCUCUGUUCCAUCCCUUUUCCCUCAGGGGCCUGUCAGGCCACCUUCCACUGCUCUCAGGCCAGUGAGCACAUACCACCUCAGCCUCUGCUGGGUGAGGACUGGGCCAUCUUGACCAAUGCUGCCAGGUGGCAGCCCAGCCUGCUCACAACCCCAUCCCGAUGGCUGGAGCAGUCCCCAGCCCACACCCAGUGUUCCCCAUCCCCAAGAGGAGCAGAAGUUGGUGCGCUGACAAGAUGUCAGAUGAGACGACUGCUUGUUCCAGGUUCAGGCUCACAGAGCCCCACCCCAGGGUUUACCUCACAGGGGAUAUUUCAGAAAUGAAUUUAAAAUAAGCUGACAAACCCUGCCCUCCAAAAAAAGAAAAAGGACCCCCUUGUUAUGCCAAAAACUGUGGACAUGCUGGCUCAGCAUCCUCAGGACCAAGCUGUUGCUUAAUUUUUUAAUUUAUUAUUUUCAGUUAAGUAAUCCAAAUGAAAAGUCGUGGGGCUCUAGAGAUUGUUGGGCCCAGAGAUUUUGAAGGGCAGUUUCCUCAAAGCCUUAGGCUUGUUGUGGGAAGAAGCCAUGCCACCAUUUUCUCGUCAUUCCAUGGGGUGUGUCUGCCUUGGCCAAGCCUGCGUGGCAGGGUUAGGCCUGGGUCAGUGCACCUGCUGCCACCCUCCUGCCCCUCCAGCUCUGUGUCUGAAUUGUGGAUUGUGCAGAAGAACCUGCAGGCAUAGUUAUUGACCAUAUCUUGACUGAGGGCUUGCAGUGCAAAGCCAGGCCAGUGUCAUGCAUUACUUCCAAUAAAAGGGAUCAUUUAUA